CUCCCCUUCAAAACUCAAAUUGUGUAAGCGUUUAAGCCUAACGAUAUCAAUUUUCAUAAAAACUUCAGUCUCUGUGGACGGGGUCUCUUAUCGGCACAUGCUGAACAAUUAUUUUCUGCCUAUAAUGAGAGAACAUCCUUCCUUCAGUGCAUAUCGGUUUCAGCAAGAAUGCGGCACGCUACACACAACCAGAGUGACUAUGGUUAUACUGCGUGAUUUCUUCUAUAACUAAUAAGCCGUUUCGGUAACAUAUUCUGGCCCGAUCAGGUGGCCCGAUCUUAUCCUUAUGGACUUUUUCUGUUGGAGUACCUCGAAAGUAAAGAUUUGAAGCAAACCCGGCACCCACCUCAGCACUAAAAGAAAAUUUCGUUCGCAAGGUUAAUGGCAUUACUUUCUUCAGGCAGUACGGAGGCCAGAUUCCAAGAAUAUAUCCGAGGUAACGGUCAACAUUUAGAGGAAGUAAUUGAAAAAAAAAAUAAAGUUCGCACUAGUCUUCUUGUAAUAGCUAUUGAAAUAAAUUUUGAUCAUGAGCAACUAUUUUUUAAAUUAGCUCCUAGUUCAAAAUUCUGCCACCGGACAUCGUGUAUAAUAGGUCACUUAAAAUAUUCUGACCAUUUUUUUGCUUCAUUUCGACGAAAUGAACAUAGUACGGCUUAUACGAUUUAGAUGAAAUUUGCGCUGUUUUUCUAGAUAACGGUUGUUGCUCUUGCAGGCAAUUCCCAUAAAUCAACUAUUGAAAAAGUCUGAGUUCCUAUUUGUAAAAUAAUUUACUAGCUCAACUUGUACCUGACAUCCGUACUCUUGGAAUAAGUACUCAUAUGCCGACCCAACUCCAUGACUUAAUCGAGAUUCUUCACGAAUUGGCCUACCAUAGUACGCUUAGUUUUUGACGUCCAUAUUACCAGAAUGGAAUCAAUGGGAUCACUGCUUAGCUGUUACAUUCGGUACUGUAUUAGGUGCACAAACAAAUUUGGUACCUGAUCUGACUUUUCCUUUGGUCGUAGUAUGAAUGAAUCGAACCUUCUCUUGUUUUACUCCACUUUGGAAAGGUGUAAUACAAAGCUAGCUUCACAAAAAACAAUACUGUCAAGUAUAUUGUUAUGAGUGUAAUGUCUUAUUUAAAUCGCCAAAGACAUCGACGGGAACUUCUUACUUUGCCGAAUGCAAGUUAAUAGAUCAGGUACUUUUCCAUCACCGUGAGAGCGCUCAUCAGGACAAUAUGUUUAAAGAUGCUUUUAGACUUAUAGCUGCUUGAUGGGGUGUUGCAAUCACUAGAAACUACUUCAGAGUACCCGGUCUAUUAAAUAUGGUUUUAAAAGCAGUAGGGAAAAUCCAUGCCUUAUCUGAGAAAGAAGUUACCUUUGUAAAUAAGGACAAUUCAAUGCUUUAAAUAACUUCCAAUGCCUUAUUUUGCCAACAAUGAUAUUGUUGGCAAUGCAGAUUCGUCAAUCCAGGAGAAAAAUUAUCAGAAGGAAUUCAAGGAAAAUACCGUUGCACUUAGUGAAACUACAAUAUCAACUACUCAAAACGCAUCUAUAAAUCACGUACCACUUCGUUUGUUAAUGAACCCACGUGGUAAGAUUCGUGACAUUACAUCAGUGGGGGACACAUUUAAUACUCAAACGGGUCUUUUGUCACCUGAUAAAUGUGCAGAGCUCAUCACGGCGCUACAAACUCAGAAAGGCAAAGGUGCUGAGCUUUUUGCCAAACGCCGCAGGAAAUCUGAAAAAUGGGUAGUUGAUGCAUCUAAUACAAGAACUCAAAGUACAUCCGGUCUUCCAGAUUAUCAUCAGCAACAAGUGAAGUCGCCAACUUCACCGAGUAUCUUGCCUGCUUACUCCGAUGCAGGCAAACAUCGCGUACAAUUGAAUUUACACCAGGAGCAGGUGCUAGAGAAAUACGUUAAGCCUGGUCUUAAAGUGGUGAAAACACCUUGGGAAGCAGCACUUGAGACCGGCUCGGCUAGUUCGGCUUUUGUUGAAGAUAAAAAGCAAACGUCACAUCAUAUACUUACGUCAGCAGUAUCCUCCGAACCGGUGUCGCAAUAUCAGCAUGUUAGCAGUACCGUUCCCGAUUCAGCAUUAUAUAAUGACGGCUACACAACUGAUUACAACACAGCACCAUCUCAUAAACUGCCUCAAGCUCGCUUCCCAACAUGUAAGACAAAUUUCAGCAGUAAUACUCAACGGGACUUAGCCUACAAGCCCAGCUUGCCGCAAGGUUGGAAAUCGCCAUGUGUCACAUUACCUAAAGAGUUAUAUCUGCCGAAAGCAAUUUCAUUGGAAAGCUAUGCUCCGCCACCCGUGGUUAACAUCAAAGAACCCGAAACUCACAAUUCAAGCUGGAAACCUACAUUUACAUCAUCGCCACGCAGCUUCCCCUUAAGCAAACCCAUUAUCGGUGGUUUCCUUAGUUCCGGUUUUACUCCGCUAGCUAAGCACCAAUAUUUUAAACCUGACAGCUACAGCAUGGGCCAACAAGAGAUAAAUACAAACGUGCCUCAAAUAAGCUAUAAUCCAUCGCCACUACCCUACGAAAAGAUUGCUAAAUUUGAGAAUACUUCCGAGGAGCAGGCCCAAGACAAUGACUACAUCCCGCAAAAUCGUCGAUUGCCUAUACAGAACCAUUGCGCCAAAGCAUUAAAUGCAUCCCCCGUUCUGUUUGGUGAAAUUGCUGGUACUGUUGGGCGAUCUUCAUCACCUUACCCGUACAACACUACUAAAAGCGAAAUAUAUGAUCGAGCGACCACAACCUUUUAUUCAAAACGUCAUAACAUCAAUGAGUUAUUGCACGGCCAAAACUAUAACAAUACAGCACGUGGUUGGCGGUCGAGAGGAAAUUGUGACUAUCCAUUGGCAAGCGACGGCACCCACGCUGAGUUGAAUGAUGCAAAUUAUAGAGGAUAUCGGCAAAAAUCUCGGGCAUCUGCGGACAAUUUACCUUAUACCGAUUUUUAGUAAACGAUUUAUAAAAUCGGGAAAUGAUAAACAAAACAAGUACCUAUUCAACAGCUAACCAACAAUUAUCUUAAAAAUUUUAUACAUUCAUGUUAAUAUGCAAUAUAAUCAGAUAAUCCUUAACAUCUAUAUUGAAGUUCACUCAAAUUUCGAGCUAUCAUUAUUCACGCAUCCAUAAAUAAGGUAAACAUCCGUAUACUUAUACGUACAUACACCUUUAUGCAUUCAUAUUUAUUAACCUUCACUGAACCAAAAUGAAUUUUGUUCUUGUUUUUCUGUUGUGUAAGCUUAUAUUAUAUUAUUCUUGCUAAAGUUGAAUACGAGAGGAAUGACACAUUUUCAUAAAUUUUGUUAAGAUUGGUUACUUCUAAUGUCGAAGAAAUAAAUAGAACCGUAGAUAAAUAAAAAUAAAAUUAAACUGGA